UCCACUAGCCAUCGUUUCCCUCACAUGUGUGGCUGGCUGUGUCGCAAGUAAACAGGCUCUCCGGGAAACUCUUCCGCUGCUUGUUUUUGGUUCCGAGAUACAAACAUGGCGUCCGCCGUGCUGAAGGUUGCAGUGGCAGGUCUUUCCAGAUGUUCUCGUAUCACACUCAUGAGGGCACAUUCAACCACAGCACCCCUCCAUCAGGGUGUUCCUGGGUCGCUGUGGAAGCUGGGGAGGCUGAACCACAUUGCCAUUGCCGUCCCUGACAUGGAGAAGGCCACGGCUCUGUAUCGGGACGUGCUGGGGGCCACAGUGAGCGACAAGGUGCCCCUGCCCGAGCACGGCGUCUACACAGUGUUUGUGGAGCUUGGCAAUACUAAGCUGGAGCUGCUCCAUCCUCUGGGGGAGAAGAGCCCUAUCGCCGGCUUCUUACAGAAGAACAAGUCUGGAGGGAUGCACCACAUUUGUAUUGAGGUAGAUGACAUUAACGCUGCAAUAGUCGACCUGAAAACGAAGAACAUCAGAACUCUGUCAGCAGAGCCUCGAAUAGGUGCUCACGGCAAACCAGUGAUGUUUCUCCACCCUAAAGACUGUGACGGUGUGCUGGUGGAGCUUGAGGAAGCGUGAACAGCUCAGUCUGACAAGGAUUGUGGGAGCUGUUAAUUCACAUUUAUAUAUAUAUUCCCCAGUCAAUGUGAUGAUCACUGGGAUAACAAAGGUUGAUUUUGUAAUAUUAGUACUUAGGUUUUGAUCCUGUCAUUUCAGAAAGGUGCCUCAAAGUUGUUCUUCUAGGUCUGUUUCAGUUCUGUUCUUGACUAUCCUGGUUUGUUUGGAAUAAAUUAAGGUGUGAGGUGUAUAUUUACA